UGUGGUGGGGUUUGUUUCAUUGGGUUAUUUUUGUAGCAUCUUGAACAAAAUUUGUUUACAUACAAUUUUAUGUUGAUAUUAGUCACAAUUAACGCAAAAUAUUUUUUUGAAGAAGAAGGAUAUUUGUCAUUAGUCUCGCCUUGUCUACAACGUAAAAUUCGAUCUUGUCUUUUAAAAUAAAAUGGUUUUUUUUAGGCUCAGCAGAAACAUAUAAAAAUUUUGAGUUUACUUUUGGGAUGGGGAUACAUUAUUAUAAAAGCGAAAUGCUUAUGACUAUAACGUUUUAGUUUUGUGUUUGCAAGAAUCGUGGCUGGGUGGCAUAUAUACCUUACCAUUAUAUUUAUCGUUUAAAAUUUGUUUUUUGUUGUUAUCCAUUGCGUAAAAAAUGAAAGUGCAUUUCUUUUCAACGAUUCUUUUCGCUGCCAUUGGAUGCAUGCACUGUGAUGUCUCUCAUUUAUUUACAUCGACUACCACCGAACCACCAACAACAAAAGACAGUCUGGACAGUAUUAGCAUAAUAACAAAGCAAGAACUGAACGACAACAGUGAUCUGCUGAAGAAUAAUGUCGUCGGCUACAGACCCUAUUCAUUCAGUAAAAUGAUGAUGCAACUCAUCGAUUUUAUGGAAAUAAAUCAAUUGUCUGAGCCCGUAAACAGAAAUUCCCUGGUUGGAAAUGAACGCGUCAAAUAUUACUAUGACAAACCGCAAAUACCAUUCGAUGCCGAAGAAACAUCACGAGAAGAAAUCGAUUACAGAACACAAUCGCCUAAAGAUGAUCGACCAAUCAAAUUGGAAACGUUCACCGGUUACGAAUAUCCCAAACCGCCCAAUCCGAUGACAUAUCCCGAAAAAUCGACAACAUCGACCACAGAAAGUUAUGAAGACUUUCCCGGUGCUUCAGCGAGAAUACUGUUGAAGGUGGAUGAAUGAACGCGGUUCAAUUCUAUUCGUUUCUCGUUAGAUAGGUAGUUAAUAAUAUAAAUCAAGGUGAUGCUUAAAAACUGUGUCUGUGUGCUGAUGAACUGAUAGAUUUAAUUUUAUGUGCGUGAAUAAUUGUUCAAAUGUUUAAAGAUAAAUAAAAUUUGAAAAAAAAAAUUGAAAAA